AAUGACGGAGGUUGGCAAACAUCUCCAGUGCUCUCUCCUUUGUCAGAGUCGCCAAGAUGAUGACUCAGCGGCUCUCCUCAACCCCCGAGAUUGCCAGAGCACAAUGCACCCGAACGAGCGCCACAACUUCUUUUUUGAUCUAUAUCCUAGCAUGACUCGCUAUCGUCAUAUCUCGAGCUGAAUGCCCGCAUCGAUCUACAUAUAGAUUAUCGAAUCCAUGUACCAUGGAUCCAGGCCAACGCCGCAUGAUAACAGAGAGCCAAUCAACCAUAUAUCUUGUACUGUUCUGUUCCUAUUGCUGGAAUUGAAGUGUUUCAGAUUAUAUUAAAGAUUCAGCUACGACUAUUCCAUAGCUGUGGCUUAAAGCUUGAACAUCGAAUGCGACUCUAGAGAUCAAUCUCAUUUGUAUCACGUGAUUCCAAUCCCAAUCAUGAAAACAUGUACCUUGGACAUUGCGUACUCGCGAAGCAGGCUAAGAACUUGGAAUCCCCAGCUCUACAACAUCCCUGCUCCUGCCUAAGACCUCAAUCAAAGACAUUCCAUAUGUGAACAAUCAACGACAACGCCUGACACUGACACCAGCCGUGACACCAAACUGCCACCGCCCCUAAAACACUCUCUAGCCCGCUCGUAUAAGAAGACAUAAUCCGUUUUACCGAACGAUGUCUAACACUCGCUCUCAGACCCAAAAGUUACCCCGAUUGCGAGGCAAAUUCUCCUUAUCGGUUCACUCACAGUCGCCAUGGCUACGCAAAAGCAGAUCGUUGUUAACCGGUCCAUUUUAUCCCCCGUGGCGCUCGCAUAUACGACAAAACAAUAAUAUUGGCUGAAAAACAACAGCUGCCAGCAGCGGGAUCGGAGCUCGUGAGUUGUAACAACCUGGACGGUGGUGUGUUUUGCGCCGAUUUACCACGUCAUGAUGGGCGUGGGAAAACAGCAUCGCUUUCGUAAAACACAAAUUUAGAUUUACGAGGCAUCCUCAGUUCAGGAGCUCACUCAUGAAAAUCCUUUUUCUAGUAAUCGGCGUUCACAGUCCCAUCAAGCAAUUUCGGCUGUAUACUACUGUAGACUUUCUCACUCACCAACAGCACUGCAAAUAAACAAAACCCUGCAACUCCCCCACGCGCGCCUAAGUCCGCAUUCUCUCCAACCCAUACACAUACACUCCCGCAAUCCCCGUCAACCUCCCAUAUCCACGUUUAUCACUUUGGGGGCGGUGGAUGCUUUGCAAUAGUGACAUCGGAACCUGCGCAAAAGCAUCAAGCGAGUGUACGACAGUGGGGUCCCGAUACCACCCCUAUCAGUACCCACAAUUUUUUCCAAUACCCAAGUUCACUACCUAUCUAUCAUCCAGACACGCACACCACGUGGCGUAGCGUUCCCGAUCCAAUUCUUCUUGUCCUGGUGCAUGGAAUCGUUAGUGCGCGAAUCUUGCCUGACUCUGUGAUCGUGAUGUAGAUGGAUGCAGGGACCCUGGGUUAUUGGAUAUUCAGGGUUCUGCUGGUGAUUAUGCUGAUCGUGGACCGGUGUAGGGAUUUGGAAAGGUUCGGGUGUAGGGUUCGUAAUGGGCGGUUCGAAGGUAAUGAGAUGGUACCGGU